GGGCAAGGGCGGGGCUUCGGCGCUGUCGUGCGUCGCACCGGCGCUCGCCCACCCGGCCUGCAUCCCCUCGCCCACUUCUGCCCCGCGGCCCGCAGCUCCAUGUACCGCGCGCUAUACGCCUUCCGCUCGGCGGAGCCCAACGCGCUGGCGUUCGCUGCGGGCGAGACCUUCCUGGUGCUGGAGCGCAGCAGCGCGCACUGGUGGCUGGCGGCGCGGGCACAGAGCGGUGAGACCGGCUACGUGCCACCCGCCUACCUGCGCCGCCUGCAGGGCCCGGAACAGGAUGUCCUCCAAGCCAUUGACCGGGCCAUUGAGGCUGUGCACAACACAGCCAUGCGGGAUGGGGGCAGGUACAGCCUGGAGCAGCGCGGAGUCCUCCAGAAGCUGAUCCGCCAUCGGAAAGAGACCCUGUCUCGAAGAGGUCCCCCAGCCUCCAGCCCUUCAGCCCUGACCCCGUCCAUCAGUGACCCCUGUCUGGAUGCCACUGCUGCCCGGCAGCCCAAUAGGGUGUGUCGCUCGGGGUCUGAGCAGCACAGCCUGCCCAGCUCUGAGGACCCUGAGGCAGGCCAAGUCCUCUACCAUGUCCCAGCACAGCCCCGCCGGGCAGCACCCACCACACCACCCCCACUGGUGAAGCGCCGUGACCGUGAGGCCCUGGUGGCCUCAGGGAGUGGCGGCCACAGCACCACACCCUCUGGGGGCAGCUCCGUGUCCAGCAGCUCCGUCAGCAGUGCCUCCCUUGAUGCCCUGUAUACUGGCUCCAGCUCAUCCGAGCUGGGCCCCAGCUGCUCACCCACACCCCUGCCUGUGCCCCACCGGCGUGCCCACGUCACUGCCACCCAAGCUCAGCCCCCUCCCUCCAAGGUGCCAGGCCCCGAGGCCCCUGCAGAGGACGUGGCAGGUGAUGGACUGGAGGCCCUGGGCACACUGAGCCUGGGGACCACAGAGGGGAAGGAGGCAGAGACUGUGCCCAAGACCAUCGGGGCAGAGCUGAUGGAGCUCGUGCGCAGAAACACCGGCCUGAGCCAUGCGUUGUGCCGCGUGGCCAUUGGCGUUGUGGUGGGUCACAUCCAGGCCUGUGUGCCGGCCAGCUCGCCUGUUAUGGAGCAGGUCCUCCUCUCGCUGGUAGAGGGCAAGGACCUGAGCGCUGCCCUGCCCUCGGGGCAGGUCUGCCAUGACCAGCAGCGGCUGGAGGUGAUCUUUGCAGACCUGGCUCGCCGCAAGGACGAUGCCCAGCAGCGCAGCUGGGCAUUGUACGAGGACGAGGGUGUCAUCCGCUGCUACCUGGAGGAGCUGCUGCACAUCCUGACAGACGCAGACCCUGAAGUGUGCAAGAAAAUGUGCCAGCGGAACGGGUUCGAGUCUGUCCUGGCCUUGGUGGCCUACUACCAAAUGGAGCACCGGGCAUCGCUGAGACUCCUGCUGCUCAAGUGCUUCGGCGCCAUGUGCAGCCUGGACGCCGCCAUCAUCUCCACGCUUGUGUCGUCCGUGCUUCCGGUUGAGCUGGCGCGGGACAUGCAGACAGACACGCAGGACCACCAGAAACUCUGUUACUCCGCCCUCGUCCUGGCUAUGGUCUUCUCCAUGGGGGAGGCAGUGCCCUACGCACACUACGAGCACCUGGGCACGCCCUUCGUGCAGUUCCUCCUGAGCGUUGUCGAGGACGGCCUUCCCUUGGACGCCGCGGAGCAGCUGCCGGAUCUGUGCACCAACCUGCUUCUGGCUCUCAACCUGCACCUGCCAGCCCCGGACCAGAACGUCGUCAUGGCCGCCCUGAGCAGACACGCCAACGUCAAGGUCUUCUCUGAGAAGCUGCUGCUGCUCCUGAACAGAGGGGAUGACCCCGUGCGCAUCUUCAGACACGAGCCGCAGCCGCCGCACUCCGUCCUCAAGCUCCUGCGGGACGUGUUCGCCAGUCCCGCCACGGCCACCGUCUUCUACCAUGCGGAUAUGAUGGUGCUCAUCGACAUCACCGUGCGGCACGUCACUGACCUGUCACCCGGAGACAAGCUGCGCAUGGAGUACCUCUCCCUGAUGCACGCCGUGGUCCGCUCCACGCCCUACCUGCAGCACCGCCACCGGCUCGCCGACCUGCAGGCCACACUGCGGCGCAUUCUGGCCGAGGAGGAAGCCUCGCCCCAGUGCCAGGUGGACCGCAUGAUAGUCCAGGAGAUGUGCAGGGAGUUCCCAGUGCUGGGCGAGGCCCCCGGCUAGCACCGUCCCCAGCUCCCGGAGGCCCCCGGCAGCGCGGCCCUACGGACACGGAGCGCCGAUGCUGCAAGGGGAGGAGGCGUGGCAGGGCCCACGCCCAGGAGCUGUACAGCCAGGCGGGCCAGCCAGAGCCCCCUCUCCCGGAAGGCUGACCCUCCAGCUUGCCCCCUCCGUGCCCAGAGCCCUGCUGCCCCUGCCCCAUCCCGCCCGGUCUCUCCUGGGCCUCUGCGUGCCAUAUGCCUGGUGAUGGCAGCUCUGCCCUUUGCCUUAGCUUCGCAGCGUGUGCCGCUCAUACGCCCCCCAGCCCUGUCCCGGUGGUGUGCUCCCCUUCACUCCCACCCCAGGGUCCUGACCAGGCUGCUGCUUUGAGAGCUGAAUCUUGGAGAGGCCAUACUGUCUCCUCACAGUGCGGGAUGAUAGCUCUCAGAAUCCGUUUUUUCUGUCAAGACGUCGAUGGAGCUGUGUAUAUUUUCCUGUGUGCUGCGGUGUGCCUUUGGAAAUAAAUGCCAGGCAUCUGGCUGCCGGCC